ACUACCCAAAUACUGACAAAACCAAGAAGAAAUGUUAGAAGUUAGACAAGAAUCUAUUUAUUUUAAAAUAGAAAAUAUAAUGCUAAACAAUAUUUUAUUUUAGUUUAGUAAUUAGUUUACAAUUAAUUACACAACACAGCACUACUUCGCGGUGGCGGCGGGUUUUGUUGAGGCGGGAGAAUGGUGUUGGCAAAGGGCCUGAGGCCACUACAGGUGGUCUCUGUGAUAUUAUUUGUGAGACUUCUGUCUGUAUUCCUGGUUCAAACGUGGUAUGUGCCUGAUGAGUACUGGCAAACUUUGGAAGUGGCACAUAAACAAGUCUUCGGCUAUGGAGCCUUGACUUGGGAAUGGCAGCAAGGCAUCAGGAGCUAUCUAUACCCAAGUGUAGUAGCUGGGCUUUACACCCUUCUGAAGUAUACUGGACUGGACUAUCCUGAGGCUCUGAUUCUCCUGCCUCGCAUCCUGCAAGCCGUUAUCAGUACUGCAGCUGAUUACAGUUUCUACAAAUGGACUGGCAAUCGAAAAUGGGCCUUAUUCCUGAUACUGACAUCAUGGUUCUGGUUCUACACCUCCGGUAGAACUUUACUGCAGACUUUAGAGACUUCUCUCGUCGCCAUCGCUUUGUCAGAGUUCCCAUUCAAGGGUGGAAAAUUGGGACACUAUGAACAAGAGAGUCCAAAGUGGAUAUGGCUGGCAGUACUGUGUGUAUUCUUGCGUCCGACGUCAGCACCACUGUGGGCGGUACUCGGCGCUUACAACUUGCUAACCACCAACCAGAGCCGACUGAAGCUUAUUGUUCGCACCUAUGUGCCUAUUGCUUUGGUCUGCGGUGGGGCCCUCGUAGCCUUGGACUCGUACUAUUACGGCCGCCUUAUCGUCACUCCCUGGGAGUUCUUCAGGUUCAAUGUGCUACACGACAUCGCAUCUUUCUAUGGACAACAUCCAUGGCACUGGUACUUGACGCAAGGUAUUCCAGCGGUUUUGGGUGUCAACGUAAUUCCUGUACUGUGGGCCACUGUGCAAAUACUGAGACGACCAAAGGAGAACAAAAUCGGAAGCCUGCUUCUAACCGCCGUCGCUUUAUAUGUGGCUGUGUACAGCUUCAUUCCACACAAAGAGUUCAGAUUUGUGUUGCCGCUGCUACCGAUAUUCCUGUAUUUGGCUCAAGACGUGAUUGUACCCUGGAGCAGGAAGGCUAAGAAAUUGCACCUGUACUUGUUGGCCGGAUCGAUCUUGCUGGGUAACGCGGUGCCGGCGCUGUACUUCGGCGUGGUGCACCAGGCGGGCCCGCUGCAGGCCAUGCCCCUGCUGCGCCAGGCCGCCACCAACAGGACCUCCAUCACCUUCCUCAUGCCCUGCCACUCUACGCCUCUCUACAGUCACCUGCACCUGAACAUAACGACCCGGUACCUGAGCUGCGAGCCCCCGCUGAAUGCGUCGGGCACUACGUACGAGGCGGAGGCUUUCUUCAACAACCCGCAGCGGUGGUGGCGCCAGGAGACCACGCUGCGGCAGGCGCCCGACCUGCUCGUACUCUACGACCGCCUCAAGGGACGCAUCGAGUCCAUACUCGCCGGGUACAACUUGCUACACGAGAUCCCGCACACACAGUUCCCCGAAGGCGAGGUCAGCGAAAACUUAUUGAUAUACCAAAAAGCGAAAAUUCCACCCAAAGUAGCUGCCGAUGACGUCGUCUAACUCCCCACGGACAUCACCCCGUGUUCAUGUUAGUAGACCCAAUUCUAAACGACGUAGUUACACAACGUCUGUACAGUUAUGACUCUUAUUAUGAAAAUAAUAAGGAUCAUAACAGUGCGAGGCCGAUUAUAUGCAUAGACUGUUUUCAAUGAUCGUAAAGAAUCAUGUGAAGUUUUAAAGACGUAGUAUUGACGUGCCAAAAUCCAUGUAUCAGCUUUUUGAUAAUGUGGAAAUUGUGCCAUUGAGGCAUUUACGUGUUGCAACAAGGUUUCCUGGAUGUGUUGCAUCGAUGAAGGCAUUUGUCAUCGCCCAUGGUUUAAAAAAAAUCCGGGUACAGUGUAAAGAAGUUUUUACAGCUUCAUGAGCAAGUCUAUGCUUAUAAACAGUAGUUGGUAUAUAAAUAGAACCUCCCGUAACGAUGCUAUCGCAAAACAUUAAAUUCGAACUUUUGACGACUCACGAUUUUCAUUAUAAUUUUAUUGACUCGAAUUAUAAUUCGGAUAUAAGUAAUUAAUUGGAUUUUGGUAUUAAAUUAAAUUUUAAUUAUUAUUUUACUAUGGGAGUGUUACCCAUAAAAUGUGUUCGGAGUAGGAAAUUUACAAUUUAUAUUGUAUUUUAUACGUAAUUGUAAACUUAUACAAAUUAUAUAAUAGUAUAUUGUACAUGAAUAGUUUAUACUAUAACACUAAUUCCACAACCACAUUCAUUAACAAAUAAUUUAAUUAAACUAACACAUUUUCUAAAUAAAACACAUACAAAAGUUUGACGAUAUGACUACUUUAGCUUCACCUUCAGCUUAUAUGACUUAAACUACUUAAGAAUUUUAUAUUUUUCGAAUAAACGAAACAAAUAAAAAGCUUCAUAAUUUAUUCAUGGAGGAGAAAACAAAUAAAGUGACCUUAAUUUCUUCACAAAUCUUUAUUCAAAUUCAAUUGUGACACAUAAACUCCACAUUCCUUUGUCUAUAAUGUUGAUUAUGAUUAAAAAGGCUUACAUACUGAAUAUGGAUAUAUUGUAGUCAUAUCAAAAACAUUGUUUAAAUGAAUUAUGAAAUUUCGACACGAUAUUGUAUCCUAACCCCAAUCCCGAUCCGCAAAAGCCAAUGACACACUUGUAACUCCUCUGGGGUUCCGGGUGUUCAUGGGCGACGCUGAUUGGUUACCAUCAGGUGAUCCGUCUGCUCGUUUGCCGGCUUAUUCCAUAAAUGUGUUCCGAAGAACAUUAUCGUAAAUACAGUCUACCCAUUACCCACUAUAUCCAUGACUGAUAUUUGCAGAAUGCAAGUACAAAUAGUAAACAUUUUUUUAUGUAGUUUAUAUGCUUGCCAAAGUUAUUCAUAAUGUACUAACAUAUUUUGUGCUAUGCCCGACUAAAAAUAUGUAUAUUUUUAUAGUAAAAUUCUUUAUUUAUCCCUACUUGACCAAAAUUAUAUUUGAAUGGUACUUGUGGCCUUGUACAAUAUAGUUGUAACAGUAAUAAUGUAUGUGUUAUGUACUUGUUAUUGUUCGUAAAAUAACCAUUAUUGCGUAAACAGUCUUAUUCGUAAGCGUAAUGGCGAGUACCUUAUAUGUAAUACCCCUGUCACUUGCCUGAUAUUUUACCUCAUUAAUUUAAGUCCCUAAACAGUGUUCAUACAUGUUGUCGUUUUUUAGCUACCGCUUCGUAUAUUUUUAGUCGGGCCCAUAUUUAUUUUGUUAGACAGUUUUUGUUUUUCAUCUGACAUUUUUGAGGAAAUCAUUGCAUCCACCGAGAAAACAUCGUUUUAGAUUUAAGAUUUAUCUCCAGCAAGUAAAAUUGUGUCAAUUUGUUUUGUAUACAUGUGUAUGCGAAGUUUAUACGCAGUUUGUAAUAGAUGCAUAUCUCUUCCCAAAAUGUGCAAUAGAAAACUAAGUUCAGUUAUAUAAUUUCAUACUUACAAAUUAACGCAUAUUUUGCUAUGUAGCCUCCGCUUCAAGUGGGCCACUAUAAAACAUCUUUUAUUUUAUUAAUUUGACUUUAUAAAUUAAUAGUUAUUUAAUGUCUACGGAUUUUAAAUGCAAUACAUUAUUAUGAUUUAAUUUUUUAAGUAAAUUUAAUUUUAAUAUUACAAUUUUUUAAUUUUAUUAUGUAAUUUAGUGAUGCUCAAGAUGUAAAGACAGACAAGUAUUUUAAGAUCUCUUUGUCUUUAUUCAUAUUUUAACACUGUAGUUUCUGUCACUUUUGUGUUGUUUUAUUUCUACCAUUCAUAUUAGAUUUUUACUCUGAAAACUAUUGUAAAACCUAUUCGCAGACUAAUUAUCAUGUAUUUAGAUGUAGAGAAAAGUAGUGUCUUAAAGAUGAUAUUUCAAUGUAGGUAUGAAACAACAACUCGAGUACGGGAACAUAAUGCAUUUUAACAUAUACAUAAACAUUUUUAGUUUAAUGUGUUGUGCUGGAUAUUGAUGUCUUGUUCAAAGGCUUGCCGUGUAAACUGUCCAUAUUUAUGACUGCUUUGUGUGGAAACACAUAAUUUAUUAACAAAACUACUUUCUAAUAAAAUGGGCAGAACUGUGCCAAAUCGACAAUGAAUUUUGAUGUCCGCAUUUUCAUUUUGUGUCUCUAAGAAAGUUGAUAAUACUGGUAUGAAUGUUAAUCUACCCAUGAAGGCAUCAAUUUUGAUUCAUCUUUUCAAUUUUUUUACCCAAAAUGUAAACGUAAAUGUUAUCCUUUCUGGAUACUCAGAUUAAAACUAUUUUGACGUUGGUAUGACUUAAAAUUUUUACCUUAAUUAUGUUCCACGCAAAGCACUAUGUAUGAAUGUGUAAAGCAUUAUUUGAGCAAUAGUCUAAGACCUAGUUUCUAGGUGAAUAGGUUGUUUUUCGUAUUUAAGUUAAGAACAGAAUAUCUUCUAUACAGAUGUCAAGUGUGAGUUUUGAAUAAAGAUUUUAUUUUUAAAA